AUGAAUCCCUUAGUUAUUCUCACUGAGAAGCAGAUCAGUGAUUUAGAAACAUCAUUAAAUACUAACAAGCAAGCAACAGAUGCUCUUAUCGCUGCUCACUUUGCAAAUAACUCUGACAAAGAAUUUUUACAGCAAUUAACUUUAUUUAAGGAUCAUAAAAAGCAAGAUAUUGCUGCACUUUGCCAAAAGUACUCCGAAACUUUCGGAAAAAGUAUAGAUGGUGCUAAAACUCUUGGUCAAUCUUCAUCCGACAUCCAAAAAAGACUUACGGCUAUCGAAGGAGAAAUAAAAGCUACCAUGCAAUCAUAUAAGUCAUCAUUAGAAGAUGCUGUUAAGAUCAGAAAAACAAUUCAAGAAACUGAUGAAAAAUUAAAAGCAAAUUUAGAAUUCCAAGUUUUAAUUCAGCAUCUUAAAAACAUUAAUGAAGAAAUUCGCGCAGGAAAUUACUAUAUCGCAACAAUUCGAACUCUUGAAUUUGCAAAUUAUGACUCCCCGAUAUCUUCUUGUGCAACAAUCAGACAGCUUCAAAAAGACGUCGAUCCUAUUCUUGCUCAUAUUGAAAACCUCGCUGAUAAGAAAUUCUCAUCCUGGAUGGUUAAUUUCAAUUCUCAAUGUGAACUCAUCGGAGAAGCAUUCUUAAAGAAGGAAAAAAUACCACCUAUCGAUGUUUCAGCUGUUUACGAAUACUAUAUGCUUGAAAAAGCGCUUGGAAGAGCUGAAGUUUUCCUAUCAAUUUACAAUGACAAGCGUGAGAAGCAAUUAAAGCUUCUUCGUGAGAGCAGAAAGCCAAGAGCUAAUAUCGAUCCGAUCGAUCAGCUCUUCAGUAUCGCUGCAGGCUUCUUCUACAUUGAAUGGAAGAUAUCUGCUGAUGGAUACAACUUACUCGAGCCAGCCCGUAUGGAGAGAAUGUGGAAUGAAACAAUUGGCUACAUGACUAGAGAAUUUAGCCAAAAAGUUUUGCACGAUAAAGUUGAAGAUAUGAUUUUCUUGUCUCAGAGAAUUUCUCACUUCGAUGAACGCAUGAGUAUAUGUUCUAUGAACUCUUCUGAGCUCCAGAAAGUCAUUACAACUCGUGGAAAGCAAUUUAAUCAAUCUCUCAAAAGAAUGUCGUCCGUUCAGAUCAAGCAGUGCAUCGAUGCAAGCUCUUUAGACUCCAUACAAGCAUCUGAUUCCGAAUCAAUUGCAAAAUGCGCGCAAUACAACAUGGUUGCAAACGAUUCGCCAGUUUCCUUCAUUCCUGAGCUCGGAAAAGUCUGUGAAAUCAUCGAAAGUACGCUUCUCAAGUGGCUUGAUUUCGCUCUUGUCCAUCAGGACUCACUUUUGGUCGAAUUAUACGAAGCUUUGGUCGGAGCGUUCGGUAACGCCAUCAAAGCCCGUAUUCAAACCGCCCAAACAAUUAUUUUAUGCGCGAAUUUAAUUGCUUCUUUGUCGGCAUUUGAUGGAGCUUUAACUUACUUUGAGCAAUUCCUUCAGCACUCCAUGGCAUCGAAUAUCAAACAGGAUAAGGAGAAGCUCCGUAGAACUAUUUUUGCCGUUGAAGAAGAAGGAGCCAAAAAAUUGGCAUCUUUGUUCAACAGUUUCUCCGAUGAACUUAUAUCAGCAUACUACAUUAGGACAAUGGCAAGCGAACCACCGCCCCAUUCGACUACAAUGCAGCUAGUUAUGUAUUUCGAAACAAUGACUAGUCAAUUAAUUAACAAUAUACCACAGAAGAUCUUCCAAACAACCAUUGAAAGCGUUGCAAAGCAUAUUUCCGAUCUAUUUACGAAUUUGAUUGUAGCAAUGGAUAAAAUUUCUUGGACACCAGAUUUUAUUUCAGUUGUAUCCCUCAAUGUUAAUGCAAUCGGAAACUGGUCAGCUUUGAUAUCAACUCCGUCCGCAAAAGCUCAAAUUAAUGGUUUAAUCAAAUUGUUGUCGCUUUUAUUAUCUUCUCAGUUAUCUACAUUCGCUGGAAACCCACAAUUCAUGGAAAGAAACAAGGAUAUUCCUUUCCAAGCCAUGGUUGCGAUUUUGCAAAGAUACAACCCAACAACGAAGAAACAGUUGAAUGUAUUACAGCCAAACUUAGUUGCAAGCCUGAUUGCAAAGUUCAGUACUCCUCAAGGUCCUCAGUAA